UGGGUUCAAAAGAUUCACGCAUGCGCUUUGUGUGUACAUUUUUGUUUACAUUCGAUUCGGGCAAAAUGAGUUGAAUACACCCGUUUUUUUUGUUGUGUUAUGUCAAAAGUUCGAGCUUAGUAAGCAAGUAGUUCAAGUGCGACCAUUCGUUUAUCAAUGUGACGUCAUGCACACUUUUGCGCAUGUGCAUUCAAAACCAAAACAAUAACAACGUCCAAUAAAAGAUGCUGUUCAAUAACAGCUAAAUAAGAAAGAAUGGAGGCUAAAGAGAAGACGAUGCAGGAGGUGAAUGUCAAGGUAGCAGUCAGAGUUCGUCCACUAUUGCCAAAAGAAAAAGUAACUGGGGAUGAUAUGUGUGUACGAAUUAUACCAUCAACUAACCAACUUAUUCUUGGCAAAGAUAGAAGCUUCACUUUUGAUGAAGUUCUUUCACCAAAAGCUACACAGGAAGAGUUAUACAGUGUCUGUGUUGAAAGUCUUGUGAAGUCUAUAUUCGAAGGAUACAAUGCAACAGUAUUUGCAUACGGACAAACAGGUUCAGGGAAGACAUACACCAUUGGUGGGGGCAAUGUAAGCAUGGUAACAGAAGACGAGGAUGGGGUCAUCCCUAGGGCUGUACGACAAAUGUUUGAUAUCAUGAGUAUUGACAAGAGUGUAACAUACAUUGUGAAAGUAUCGUACAUAGAGAUAUAUAAGGAAGAGUUGCGGGACUUAUUGGAACUGAAUGUUGAUAACAAGCCUGACCUUCAUGUGAGAGAGGAUGACAAAGGCAAUACUGUGAUAAUUGGUGCCAAAGAGGUCGAGUGUGAGAACCUGGAUGAUGUAAUGAGCCUCCUGGAGUCUGGGUCAGCUGCCAGACACACCGGGGCCACAAACAUGAACGAGCACUCUAGUAGAUCACACUCCAUAUUCACCAUAACCAUAGGGCAAACUUGGACAGAGAACGAUGUUUUGGCCAGUAAAAGGAAACCAUCGGAAGAAGAGGAAGUAGAUGAUGACCCCAUGGCAUUUAGUGCUGACCUCAGGGACGAUAUGACCCACAACAUGUUUGGCAAGUUCCACUUUGUGGAUCUGGCAGGCUCAGAGAGGGCACAUAAGACUGGCAAUGUAGGAGACAGGUUCAAAGAGUCAGUGCACAUAAAUUCGGGCCUGCUGGCUCUGGGUAACGUGAUCAGUGCGCUGGGAGACCCCAAGAAGAAAUCCACACACAUACCAUACAGAGAGUCCAAGAUCACAAGGCUUCUCAAGGACUCACUAGGUGGCAAUGCCAAGACUUUGAUGAUCUGUUGUGUAAGCCCGUCUGCAGCCAACUUUGAUGAAAGCCUCAAUGCACUGAAGUAUGCCAAUAGGGCAAGGAAUAUUAAGAAUCUUCCGAUAGUCAACAGAGACAUCCAGUCCAUCAGAUUUGAAGAGAUGCAGACCGAAAUAAAGGCAUUACGACAGGAGCUUGCUCGACAGCGGACCACCGUUGGGGGAGGUAACUCCGGCUGGGAGACAGACCCCGAGCUGGCAGCCAAGUAUGCAGGGCAGAUCAGACAGCUUGAGGACCAGGUGGCAAGGUUACAAACUGAGUGCAGUAACUACAAGAUGAUAGCUGAGGAGGCAUAUCGUCAGUUUGUGCAGAUCCAGGGUGGGGACAUAUUGUCCAAGAGUCAAGAUGGACGGUUAAGGGAGUGGCUUGACCUCAUGGAAGAGCAUUUAGAUGUCUCUAGACAACAGGAGAUCAAGAGCAAGGUGCCUCAUAAGCUGAACAAGGAGGAAUGGGAGAGUCAGGCAGUGAAGGACCUGCAGAAACAGCUCAAGAAGGCGCGUGAGGACUUACAGAGUGAUGAGGAUAUCUUUGCAGAGAAGAGUAGGGAGGUCAUGGCUCUGAAAAGACGUGCAGAGGAAAUGGAGUCCCUACUAGAGGAACGAGAGAAGGCUCUGGUGGCAGCAGACGAGAAGCUGCAAAGACAGGAGCAGCAGUUGAUAGAGCAGAACAUGAAGAUUGAGGAGCUCCAGAAGGCAUUGAAGCCUGUGACACCAUUUGAUGAGGUGACCUUGAUAGGUGAGAGUGGUGUGAUCAGUGAAGGUCAGAUGACAGCCAGUGCUCCUGUGACGUCUCGCAACGUGCGGCCCAAGUCGGUGCCCAUUCACCUACAUAAACACUCAGACAUGCGCUACUCACAGCUGCGCCCACCAUCCCGUAACAUCAAGACGAGCCCAGCUCUGUUCACGCUGGAGCGGGUGAUGAAGAGUUUCCGGGCGCGCAGCCAGCUGCUGGUCUCCAGACUCGAGGAUAGUGAUGAGGUGCUACAUCUGGAGUUCAGUGAUGCAGAGAACGGUGUAGUCGCAGAGCAGGUUGACAGCGACGGAGAUGAGCUUAACAGACCCAAGGUUAAGCAUGAGGGAACAUUUGUGCGUAAGGGAACAUUCCGGGUGAAGAAAGGCCGCUUGGAUGAGAACAAGGAGAACACAGUGCCAGCCAUAACUGUGAAUGACGAGAGUGCAGGUGAUGUGACCCAGCAGAGGCUGAGUGUUCAUGCUGGAGAGACGGGGGUGGGGCAAAGUCAGGAAGUGCAGAAGCAGAUCAAACGUGCUCAACUCAGGAUGCUCGAGUCCAACAAGAAGAUCAGAGACCUCGGCAUCAACAUCAGGAUGAAGGAACAGCUGAUACGAGAGCUUGUUAAGACCAGCAAGAAUGCAGAGCAGGUCAACAAGCAGUACGCAGAGAAGAUUGAUGCUCUGGAGAAGGAGAAGGAGAUAGUGAAGCAGGAGUUGGCCGAGACCCAGAAGAUGCUGACAGGCAUAGAGAGCAAGGAGCACCAAGAGACAGUGGAGAAGGAAAAACUUCUCGUAGAGUACAAGAAGAAAGUGGAGACGGCAAAGGCCAGGAUGUUGUCAUUGCAGAGAAAACAGAGAGAAACAGAGAAAAUAGCGAGCAUUUCCUCACAAAAUGAUAAGAAGAUAAAUGACCUAGAGUUGGCCAUAGACAGAAUGAAACAACAGCAGGAAAAUCUACAGAAAAGGCUAAAAGAUGAGUCUGAUAGGAAAACUAAACUGGAGCGCGAGAACCAGAAGGAGCAGCAGAGGAUCAGUGAGCUGGAGAUCAAGAAUGAGCAGCAGCAGAAGUUGUUGAGACGCAAGAAUGAGGAGAUUGCCUCUGCUAAGCGACGCCUUCGCAACGGAAGUGCAGGCUCCUUGCCUCCAAUCAAUGGUGAGGAUCAUGAUGUUGUGGAGGAGAAGAAGCGCUGGCUGGAUGGGGAAAUUGAUAAGAUGGUCAAACAGAGACAAGAGGUCGAGGCACUACAUGAGGAAUUGCGUAAACGCGAGGAAAUGAUUGCUAGAAAAGAAGCCUUAAUGUCUGAACGCAGUGAACUUGAGAUGAAAAAGCUUCGGUCUAGUCAGGUUGUUAACAAGAGUUUGCUGUCAGUGUCCACAAAGAUAGACAUGGUGGAGCGAAAGUUGGAGGAGAAAUCACGUGAGUUGGCGACCAAUCAGGACAGUCAUAGGGCAGACACGGUGAAAGAAGACAUCGAGAAGUUGAGGCAGACCCGAGACAAGCUCAACAAGCAACGCUCCAUGCUGGAUGACAAGCUGCAUGGUGGAAGUCUGCUGUCUGCUUCAGAGGAGAGGAGAGUUCUAGAGUUAGAUGAAGGUAUAGAGGCCCUGGAUGCUGCUAUAGAGUACCGGUCUGACAACAUACGCACCAGACAGCUAGAGGUGCGACACUCCAUGGCCCUGGCACAGAGUGAGGACAACUUUGUGAACCGUCUAAACUCUCUGUCAGUGGAGGACAUGAGGUCGCUGUUGUCACGGUACUUUGAUAAGGUGGUUGGUCUGAGGGAGCAGGAGCGCAGGAUCAGUCUGCACACCUCAGAGAUGGAGGUGAAAAUUGAUGAACAAGAACGAAUUAUACGUGACCUUGAAGGGUCCUUGCAGAGGUCAGCCAUGGAGAUUGAUCGACGCCUGAUGUCUCAGCAGAAAGAAUACGAGCAGAAGAUUCAGGUGCUCAUGCACCAACUCAUGGAGAAUGGUAACCAUAACAACAGUAAUGGUGCAGCUCUCCUUAAUGGGUUUGAUCCUGCAUUGGAACACAAAGUGUCGCAGUUAGAAAAAGAUUUAUACUAUUACAAGAAAACAAGUCGAGAACUGAAGAAGAGGCUAAGGGAAUAUGUCUCAAGUGGGACCAUACCAGCGCAAGAAAUGGAUCUGCGAGCUUCCAUGCAGAGCAAUGCGGGUGAUGUUGGGGAAAGCCAGACCAACCCAGCUGUACGAGACGCACAUUCUGCCAGAUCUCGUGAGCACAGGUCCUCUGCUGACAGACUGCAGGGUGAUGGUGUGCGUAUAGACCGUCUAAGAGAGGAUGGGACCAGACCCAGCUCUGGGAAGCCUGGACACCAUGUCUCAACAAAUAUUACCCCAGUAAAAAUAUCCAGGAAGGACCUACGGCUCAUGUCCGAGGAGGAAAUCAAACUCAGACGGUCUAACUUGAAAGAAAGUCAAGCAGAUAACCAGUCUCCUCAUGAUUCCUUAGAUCCUGGUGGCAAGAACCCAUGGAGUUGAAAUGGCCAUGCUGUCUUUUAUUAGCCAUGUUUUGCCAUUGUGUGACUCAGAAUAUUGUGUGGACAGUUUUCUCAGAGCCUUUGCCAGUUUUACUGUCCUGGCAUAAAAGCACUAUAGUGUGGCAGUUACCGUCCUACCAUAUAUAGUCAGUUGUGUGGCUAGAGUGUAGGUUAGUUAUAAUACUUGUGAUAGUAUCAAUGUGAUGCCCUUUUUGUGACACAUAUACCAAACAUAUCAGUGAGUGAGGCUGGAUCUUGUUUUUUGUAGGUUUUUCGUGUGGAAGGAAAUGUAGUUAAAGUAUUUGAUGUUGCUGGAAGAGUGUUAAUGAUUCUGGAAAGUGCAACAGUUUAGUUGUCUUGAAUUGUCUUCUUCAUUUUGUUUGUUUAUAAAUAGUGAUCCUCAAAAAGUCUUCUGUUCGAAGAGUUUUACAGCAAAAUAUAUAAUUUAACAAAAAAUCAUACUGCAACUUUAUUGUACUCUGUUUAAUGCUAAAUUAUUAUUCCCCAAAGGUGGGCAUAUAGUGAUCGCAUUUUUGUCUGUCUGUCCAUCUGUCUGUCUGUCACACUUUUGGGUUUAGGUUUAGAAAAAUGCUCAUAACUUCUAUGUCGCUUCAGAUGUAACCUUCAUAUUUGGUAUGCAUGUGCAUAUGGACAAGGCCUUUCCAUACGCACACAAAUUUUGACCCCUGUGACCUUGACCUUGAACUUAGGGUCCGUGUUUAGGUUUCAAAAUCUGCAUUUAGGUUUCAAAAAAGCGUUUUUGGGGGCAUAUGUCUUCCUAUGGAGACAGCUCUUGUCUUCCUAUGGAGACAGUCUUGAUAUGUUAACUUUGCAUUAGCUGUGAAUGUUUCUGUUAAUGUAUUUUUAGUUUUCUAUUCAGUGUUUUUUAACCUAACAGUGCAGUCUACAAAAUUUAAUUAGUAAGCCUUUGGAGAUUUUGUGAUAUGCUACCAGAAAUUUGUGGCUAUUGUAUGCAAGCUGUAAUUUAAUUAUUGAAAGUUUCUGAAGU